AGCAGGACUAGAUACGUUUGUAAGUUAACUAGUGGUAAUUAAAGUCGUUAUUUUAAAAUAGGAAAACUAGUUAUUUUUGAGCGUUUUGCAACGAGCAAGGACAUUUACAACUAAAUCGCUCGUGCGUUCAAAAAAGCGCGACACUCUUUCGAGACUCAGACGAGAAACAGAUACAAAAAUACGUUUGGAAAAGUUUGAAAACUUAAACAGACAGCCAUAAACUUAAGACACGAGAUUCAAGAAACACGGAAGUGGGCCCACCUUACCGCAGAGUUGCAAAGGUGAGGGAGUGGCCACCUGCCGCCUGCUGCUCGACUACAGAGAGAGAAUCUGUCAGGCCCGGACUCUCGAGAGCAAUAACACUUUCUGCAAGGCUUUUAUCCCUACAAGAAUUACACCAGAAUCAGAAUGAAGUUGAUAUGAUGGUGCCAACCCAGCCUUGAAAAUGUAUGAGGUGAUGUCCGGGGAGACCCUGUCCUGGAAGGUACCAAGUCCAAGACCGACCAGCGCAGAGUCCAACCCUGAUUCGCUAACGGCCGGGGAGGGAGGCCCCGUCAAGAUCCUCAAAGUGUGCUUCUGCACCAACAACAACCUGGGCAAGAACUUCAAGCUGGUUAAAUGUGACAGCUCCUGGCAAAUUAGGGCCAUCAUCCGUUCGAUCCUGAUCUGUGGUCGGUUGGGGCCGAACAUCGAACACUCGGGAUGCUACGGCCUCCUGCUGAAGCACCUGAAGUCAGAUGAACUCCACUGGCUGCACCCAGAUCUGACGGUCGGGGAGGUGGAGCAGCGCUACGAGAGCAAUCACAUAGAAGCUGAGUGGAGGUAUGACCUUCGUAUCAGAUACGUUCCUGUCAAUUUCUUGGAAAAAUUCAAAGAUGACAGAUCUACGUUAGUGUUUUUUUACCAACAGGUGCGUAGUGAUUACAUGCAGUGUCAUGCCUCUAAGGUCAGUGAUGGGAUGGCGCUGCAGCUCGGUUGUUUGGAGAUCAGGAGGUUCUACAAAGACAUGAAUGCAAAAGGUCUCGAGAAGAAGUCCAACUUUGAGCUGCUAGAAAAAGAAGUGGGCCUGGACCUCUUCUUUCCUCCACAGCUUAUAAACAGCAUGAAGUCGAAGCAGCUACGGAAGUUGAUCCAGCAGACGUUUCAACAGUACGCAACACUCAAGGAGGACGACUGCAUGAUCAAGUUUUUCGAGACCCUCAAAGAGUUCGCCACUUAUGAUGAAGAGGUUUUCCCGUGUGAACUUGUGCAAGGUUGGAGUCUAGCGGUGGAGCUGGUCAUCGGUGGGAGGGGGAUUCGCCAACGCACACAGAAGGAUUCAGCGCCUUCUUUCCUAGCCGACUUCAAACAGAUCAAGAAAAUACAAUGCUUAUCUCAGGGCGACGGCAAGGCUCUCUUAGACCUUUUCAUAGAGGGGGCCCGACAACGUCUGUCAAUCAACGUGGCCACCGUCCCUAUGGCAGAGAACAUGAUGGACCUUAUUGACGGGUACAGCCGCUUGGAGAAUGACACGGAUGAUUCUAUUAUCUACCGGCCAAAUAAAGAUGCCAAUACACACGCCCUGCCUGAGAUUCCCACAGACAGCAGAGACACCAGCUCGAUCAGACACAGCAUGGGGUCUGAUAUCUACUGUGAGAUUAUGGAUGAAAGGCCCAGAUCAGUUGUUAAGUACGGGAUCGACCGAAGCGACAUUGUUCUUGGCCGAAUCCUUGGUGAAGGUUUUUUCGGGGAAGUCUACGAUGGAGUUUACAAAAAACUAAAUGGAGAGAGGACCAAUGUGGCAGUGAAGACCUGCAAAGACUGCUCACCUGAUGUGAUGGAGAAGUUCAUGAGUGAAGCAGUAAUUAUGAAGAACCUGGAUAACCAGCACAUUGUCAAACUGAUUGGCAUCAUAGAGGAGGACCCUGUGUGGAUCGUCAUGGAGCUGUAUGAGCAUGGAGAGCUGGGGAACUAUCUGACCCAGAACCAGAGUACGCUGACUGAUAUUACGCUGGUGCUGUUCAGCCUGCAGAUCUGCAAAGCUCUGGUCUACCUCGCAGGGGUCAACAUGGUACACAGAGACAUUGCUGUGCGGAACGUGCUAGUUGCCAGUCCAGACUGUGUGAAGCUCGGGGACUUCGGUUUGUCGAGAUACAUUGAGGAUGAAGAAUACUACAAAGCGUCUGUUACUCGGUUGCCAAUCAAGUGGAUGGCCCCAGAAUCCAUCAACUUCAGACGCUUCACCACAGCCAGCGACGUCUGGAUGUUUGCUGUCUGUAUGUGGGAGAUCAUGAGUGUUGGACAGCAGCCGUUUUUCUGGCUGGAGAACCGAGACGUGAUCAACCAGCUGGAGCAGGGCAUCCGGCUGCCCAAGCCCGACAACUGCCCCCCCGCCCUCUACUCACUGAUGACCCGCUGCUGGUCCUACGACCCCAGAGAGAGACCCAACUUCACCGAGCUGGUGGUCAAGAUCAGCGAUGUCCACAAUAUGGUGAAGGAACAGGAAGUGGAGAGAGAGAGGGACAGAGCACGCUCCACUAAACUCUUCGACCCCAAAUUCAACUUCAAUGGGCCUCCUCCCAAGCCAUCAAGGAUGAAACCAGGGCGGUUCGGGAACAUGCUCAGUAUCGGUCUGCACAUUCAGCUGAACGAGGCGUUAUGUGCCAGCUCCCCUGACCUGGCCAGCCCGUGUGAAUACCAGACCCCCGUCGACUCCAUGAGCACUCUCACGCUGCCGGGCAGGUCUCCUCGCCGCCGCAGCAUGGCGGAGGGCGAGUUUUUCCGAGUGGAGCCGAACAGCAGGGAGGACGCGGCGCGCCUCUGGCAGAGGGAGCGGCAGGACAUGCAGCACACUCUCCGCCGGCAGAAGGAGCAGAUGAUGGAGGAUGAGAAGUGGCUGGAAAAGGAGGAGAAACUCCUGGACCCCAUGGGACCAGAGGACACUGCGGGCCCAGCGUCCCCUGAAGCUGACACUGAGCAUGCCCCUCCAGAGAAGCCCCCUCGGCUCACAGCACAGGCUGCGCCCACAGCUGAGCUGGACCGCUCUGAUGACAAAGUGUACCUCUACGUCAUGGACCUGGUCAAAGUUGUUGUUCAACUCAAGAAUGACAUCAUUGAGGCUCCGCCGGAGAAAUAUAUCACUAUUGUUAAGUCUGUCGGGAUGGCUCUACGAGAUCUGAUCCGCAGUGUGGAUGACAUACUGCCCACCUUACACGAGUCUGUGAGGACUGAGAUAGAGGGCACCCAGAAGCUGCUGAACAACGACAUGGCGGAGCUGAUCAGCAAAAUGCGACUGGCCCAGCAGAACUCCAUCACCUCUUUGAAGGACGAGUGUAAGAAACAGCUGCUCACUGCAGCACACACUCUGGCUAUGGACAGCAAGAACAUGUUGGACGCUGUGGACCAGGCCAGAGUCAGGGCCAACCUAGCCAAGCCAGUGGCCCCCUAGUGGACAGUUUACACAUCAAGCUAAUGAUUCACAUUCCAGUCAGAAUUAACAUUUGCACACAGUUGAGCAUUUUAGAUGUCAUCAAACUGCUUUUAUUCAGGCUGUGGCAGGACGUCAUCAUACCUAUAUGUGUUGCUAUGUUUUAAUAUUAUGGUACAGCUCAGAGGAGAAGUAAGACAACUUGGAAAAAAGCGUGCGUACUUCUGUAUGCCAACAUUAAUGAUGGUCCAUUGGCAUCAUAUCUAGGAUGCCACCAUUUCACACUUCUUUUUUAUGUAAACUUUUCUUAACGAUUUAAUUAUCUGCUCAGAAAUUGAAAAACCUUGUAAAUAUAAAAUGUGCCUUAUGAGUACUUUUGGUUUUUAUAGCAGAGAAAAUAAAAGUGAAAUGUAAAGUUGACAAAACCAAACAGUCGGCCAUUCAAAUGUUCAAAAGUGUUUUAUAUACAGUAUGAAUCCCAAGUUUAACUGUGAUGCAUUUUAUUAAAAAUGAUGAGAUGAAGACUACAAUGGCAUGAAUAUGGAUUGUCUGUCAGGAACUCUCUAAUAUUUCCACUAUCAUUAUAAAAUAUGAAUUUCUAGCACGUAAAUCAAGUGUUGAAAAAAUAAAUAUCAAGAUGUAUACCUCUGUAAAUGUCUACUCGUUGAAUCUAGAUUUAGGAAGGCCAGCUGUAGGAAUCAUAAUCUGACGCUGCUGUUAAGGUCAUUUUCACACCACUCAAUACAUGCUAUAAAGACGGCUUUUUAAAGGUUU